GUGAUAACCCAUUAUGCACAUUUCUGAAUUUCAGAGGGAAUGAAAAUAUUUAGAAGUCUGAGAAGGAAAUGCUUCGAGGCUGACGAUGUAAACGUCGGCGAUUUGGUGGUUAAGACCAGACAGAAACAUCGUCUAAUGGCAGUUAUAUUCGAGGAGAUAAAUAAUCUAGUCGUCCUAAAUAAAAAGUCGACAGAUUCAAUAAGUGAAGUGUUAAAAUCACUUCUUCAUUAUCUCAAUUCCAAUACAACAGGUAGUAUAAUAUUUCCUUUAAUACAUGAUUUAGAAAAUGCUCAUUUCGAAUUAACGGAUACAUUGAAUAAACUAUUACCAGAGCCUAUUAUAAAACAAAUGGUAAAGUAUAAACAUUUAGAGCCUCAAUUAAAAGAACUGGAAUCUACAGCACAUCGUGUAAAUCGACAUAAGCGUAAUCUUAAUCAAAGUUAUAGCCGGAGCCGAAGUACAGUUAAAAAGGAGAAAGCGCAUAUUAAUUACAGGACAUCUUCAAUGAAUUAUGACUAUUUAACUAAUUGUUUAAUGGAUAAAAUGAAUACAGUUGAAAAUGAAGGUACAAUGGCUUGCUGUGAUGCAUUGUUUGUCCUUGUGUCGACGUAUAAACAAUUCAGUGAUCGAAUAUACUCUAUAUUAAAUUAUUUGUUUGAAGAAGUCAACAAACUACACGAAUGUGCUGCGAGAGAAUUGAAUAUGUCCUAUGCUAAAUCAUUAAAAAAUAUGGAAAAUGCAACUCAAGCAACUAAAUGGAAAGCAUCAAGUAUAAUGAGUUGUCAAGAUCGUGAAGGUUCCAUAUGCAGAAGUUCAUCAAGAGGACGAAUAAUAUCUAGCAAUUUCGAUUCAAGUGAUCGUCAAGCCAUAGAAAAUACUGAACAUGAUUCACUUUCAGUGACUGAACUUAGCAGUGAAUUAUUGGGGAUAAUAACACGUCAGAAAUCAUCUGACGAAACAAUCGGUUCAAACCAUUCUUAUCAUUGUUUGAACAAAAAAUCAUCAUCAAACUCAUCAUCACUAACAUUACCGCUACCGCCACCACCAUCCCUUCAACCGCCAUCAUCAAAAGCAUAUAUAAAGACAAUGGUGACAAAUACAACAAAUGAAUCGCAGUCUAAAGAAUCUCUGCCGCAGAAAGAUACAAACGGAGCAUUGUGUAAGAUAUCCUCUUCACAGUCAUCACAAUCAUCAACCUCGCUGUCGACAACAAAGUCAAAUGAAAUCAUAGAUUCAAAUGAUCACGAAAAUUCUAAUGAUACGACUACUUUAAACUCUGUUAGUAUUCAAAUGGCAAAAGUUGAUGAUACUAACAAUCCUGAUAUGAAAAGUGGCAAUGGUGAUGAUAUUAACAGUGAUAAAACGAAUAACGAUAAUAGUGGUAAUAAAGAAAAGUGUACAUUGACAAACAACCUGUUGUUCAAUUCAACUUCAUCAGCAUCGACUUAUUCCAUUUGUCAAUUUCCGUAUUAUUCCAAUCAAAAAUCCCAUCAUUACAAUCAAAACUAUCCCUAUGAUAUUAAAUCACCAACUGUUUCGACAAUUUACUCAAUAAGAAAUAAUAAUCCCAGUAGUAGCAUACUUACUGAAAAAACCGAAACAUUACUACCCAUUAUGAAAUCAUCAAAUGUAUGUAAUAUGAAUUAUGCUACUGAAAAGUCAUUAAGUAGCGUGCUUUAUUUAAAUAAAAAUAACAUGAACCCAUUGAGUGAUAGUUGUCUUUAUGACAAUAACAAUGAAAUUAGUUGUAUACCAAUAAUUGUUCAAAAAAACUCAUGGUCGAACACUUCUCCCAUUAAUAAUAAUGAUAAUAACAAGAACAGCAACAGUAGUAAUCAUAGUACUCGUGAAUUUGGUUCGGAUGCUAUUAAUAGCAAUGAUAAUCACAGGACUCUAUAUCGAGAAUCAUUGUUAAAUGAUAAUGAAGUUAGACCACCUAAACAAAAUAUUAUAUCUUGGGGUUGUUUACCAUCACCAAUAACUGAGGAAGAGGAUGAGUGAAUCAGAAAAGAAAAAAAAGAAGGUAAAAUAUUUACCUAAUUUGAAUAUCAGAUAACUGUCCAUUAUUUAAAUAGAUAGUCAUGAAUUAUGUCGAUGAAAAGAGAAAAAACAAAACUUCUAUUUUGUCAUCAUAAUUGGUUCAAUGGAAUGUAAUUGAAAGUAAAAUGUUAUUACAUAAUCAUAUAUUACUUUAAUCAGAUAUCAGUAGAAUAAUGACUGAUUGAUUGACUACCUAUCAGUAGUUUAUAUCAUAUUGACAUGAGUUUUGCCGUUUACUUUGCUUUCAAGUAUUUUCAGAAUCAUUAAUUUCUCUUAUUUUUUUUGGAAUAAAUAUUAACGUUAACUUUUGUUAAACAUUUAAUUAAUUGAAUAGGCUUUUGCAUAAUAAUUUGGACAUUAAUCUUACAGCACAUACUUAAAGUUACAAAUUAUGUGUUUAGCGGGAUUACUUACUUACUUACUCCUGUCACUCCUAAUGGAGCAUAGGUCGCCGACCAGCAUUCUUCAACUCACUCUGUCCUGGGCAUUCUUUAACGGGAUUACCACAUGAUAAUGGCUAGAAAAAAGUCUACAAUGCCAAUUACUAAAACAAAUAAUUAUAUGUCUAUUCAAUAAAGGUAUUAUUAUAAUGAAUUGACUGAAUAUCUAAGGCACAUCUUGUUCUCGAAAUCGACUGGAACCAAACAACGUAAUAAGUUAUAAAUAAUAUACAUAGAGAGGUGAGAGAACAGAUAUUUUAUCCAUCCAAUUUAGUUCUCAUAUAGCUUGUUUUAAGAAUUGCGUUUGUUUAUGUAAUUAUCUGACUCCUUGUUAAGCAACGCUGUUGUUUUAUGUGUGAUGAUGUCACAGUUUACCUUGAUAUGCCCAGAGAUUCUAAUCAACAUCAUGUACUAUAUUACCAGUUAGACCGGUGACCUAUUUGUCAAAGCUACACAAUGAAUAUCAAUCAAGGCCUUAACAUUUAUUGGUCCUAGAGCCCCUGCUAAUCCAAUUGCUAAUAAGAAGAUGAAGAUAGGUGGCAGAUUAAUCCUCUCUUUUGCUUAUGACUCAAAACUCAUACAAUUAUUUAUCGGAAAUGCCUGACCACACAGAACACCAAAUAAAAGAUCACACUUUAAGGGCCAUCAUGCUAUAAGUGUGGAGCGAACCGUACAUAAUUAGAUAGUAAAACGUAUAGCAACAGGCGGUAGGUCCACCGAAAGCUUACAAUAAGGGCAAUAUAGAUAUAACCAUACGGUUAUUGACUGGUUUUACAGUAAAGGCAUUUAUAAUGAAAAUAAUUUUAAAAAAUAGCCACAAAAGUUUCAACUUCCCUAAUACUCGCUGCCUCAUAACAGGAUAUACUUCUCACUAGAAGUAGUGUCAACUCGAACAUAGUUCAUUUCAACAAAUCGAAUACGAGUUUCUAUGUUGAUCGUCGACUAAAUGUUGUUGAGUUAUCACCAAGAUAUAAAAUAAUAGAAGCUGCAGAAGCCCCGUCGUAUUUACGGCCUUAGAAAUAUUGGUUUUGAAACAAAUUCAUAACUUCUGUCAAAAAGCAAAAAUAUGCGAAGAAAAUAUUGUUUUCGAUUAUUUCAUUCUCAAAAACUGUAC